AUGUCAACAAAUUUAGGGUUUAUCCCAUUCCAAUACCAGGGGUUGCAUUUCCACAAACCCUUACAAAUCCACAAAUUCCGCCCGUUCCAUUCUGCUAUCGAUCGCCACAAGAGAAGCAAUCGUGUUGGCUUGAGAAGAAGGAAGCUUCUAAUCAAAUCAAUGAAAGCCGUAAUACAGCGUGUGGCCUCUGCCAGUGUUGAGGUGGAAGGGCGCACGGUGUCGGCGAUUGGACCGGGACUGUUGGUCCUCGUUGGGCUUCAUGAAUCGGAUGUGGAAUCGGAUGCCGAGUACAUAUGUCGCAAAGUUUUGAACAUGAGAUUGUAUCCCAAUGAAACAUCUGGGAAAACCUAA